AUGCCUCAUCCAAGCCCGUCCAGCACUUAUCCUCCUGCAUCCACCACAACCGCGCCUUCACAGCAGCCCUCGUCGCCGUCCAAACCGACCCCUGUGCCUGACGAGCUGUGCGUGCAGAACAGUGAGCGUCAAGAUUCGCUCUCGCCACGUGAACAGCGAUCCGAGCACGACAGCCUUACCACCACAUCAGACUCGGCGAGCCGAUCUGCCGGCGUCACAACCAGCUUGCACCGUCCCGGUCCAUCACCCGCUGUUGCUGCUGCUGCUGCAUCUCAGCGUCAACCCUCACAACAUCUUCGCUUGACUUCGCUGGGCCGUAUCGCUCCCGCUCGCGAGUCUCUCGAAUCUCCUAAAUCCCCCACGCGUCCAUCAUCCCGCCUGUCGCAGAAUUCGCUAUCUUCGCUCGACUAUCACCCCCGCCGCCCCGGCCUUGACGACAAGCGAAUCUCGUUGAACACUUUUCUCUCGGCCACCGCUCCUCCCUGGUCUGUAGAAGAAACUAGCGCCAAACAAAAAUGCAUCAAACUUCGUCUCGUCUGUUGCGUCAGACCGACGAUGACCGUCCUUUCACAAGAGUAA